CACCUCCCGCCGCGCCGCGGUGCACACUGGGAGCGCGGUGGCAGCGCCAGGAGGGAGCGUGGCGGCCAUUUUGUGCCUGCCUCGCUCGCCUCCGGGAAGGGGCCGGUGCGGGAGCUGCGGCUCGGCGGGGAGGGAAGGAGGGAAGAAGGAGUUCGGCUGUUUGCUUUUGUGCCUAGGUCGCGGGCGUUGUCGCCAUGGGCCGUAAGAAGAAGAAGCAGCUGAAGCCUUGGUGCUGGUAUUGUAACAGAGAUUUUGAUGAUGAAAAAAUCCUUAUACAGCAUCAAAAAGCAAAGCACUUUAAAUGCCAUAUAUGUCAUAAGAAAUUGUAUACGGGACCUGGUUUAGCUAUACACUGCAUGCAGGUACAUAAAGAAACAAUAGAUGCUGUUCCAAAUGCUAUUCCUGGAAGAACAGACAUUGAACUGGAAAUUUAUGGCAUGGAGGGCAUUCCAGAAAAAGAUAUGGAGGAACGGAGAAGGUUACUUGAACAAAAAACUCAGGCAGAAAGCCAGAAAAAGAAACAACAAGAUGAUUCUGAUGAGUAUGAAGAUGAUGAAUCUGCAGCUUCAACUUCAUUUCAACCCCAGCAAGUUCAGCCACAGCAGGGGUACAUUCCCCCAAUGGCACAACCAGGUUUGCCUCCUGUGCCAGGUGCACCAGGGAUGCCUCCAGGUAUACCGCCAUUAAUGGCAGGUGUUCCACCAAUGAUGCCUGGCAUGCCUCCAGUGAUGCCUGGGAUGCCACCUGGAUUACAUCAACAAAGAAAAUACAUGCAGUCAUUUUGUGGUGGAAACAUGAUGAUGCCGAUGGGUGGAAUGAUGCCCCCUGGGCCAGGAAUACCACCUCUUAUGCCUGGUAUGCCACCAGGUAUGCCGCCGCCUGUUGGUCCUCGUCCUGGGAUGCCUCCAAUGACACAAGCACAGCCUGUUACAGCACCAGGCAUCCUUAACAGACCUCCAGCUCCUGCUGCGUCAGCACCUACCCCUCAGCCUCCAGUUACUAAACCACUCUUUCCGAGUGCAGGGCAGGCUGCAGCAGCUGUUCCAGGUCCAGUUGGUACUGAUUUCAAACCUUUGAAUUCUACACCUGCAACAACAACAGAACCCCCCAAGCCUACAUUCCCUGCUUACACACAGUCUACAGCCUCAACCACUAGCACGACAAACAGUACUGCGGCUAAGCCAGCUACAUCUAUAACAAGUAAGCCUGCUACCCUUACGACAACCAGUGCAACCAGUAAGUUGAUCCAUCCAGAUGAGGAUAUAUCGCUGGAAGAGAGAAGGGCACAGUUGCCUAAAUAUCAGCGUAAUCUUCCUCGGCCAGGACAAGCUUCCUUGGGUAAUCCACCAGUUGGACCAAUUGGAGGUAUGAUGCCACCACAGCCAGGAAUUCCUCCACAGCAACAAGGGAUGAGACCUCCCAUGCCACCUCAUGGUCAGUAUGGUGCUCAUCACCAGGGCAUGCCAGGAUAUCUUCCUGGGGCGAUGCCUCCUUAUGGUCAGGGACCUCCGAUGGUGCCCCCCUACCAAAGUGGACCUCCUCGUCCUCCAAUGGGAAUGAGACCUCCUGUAAUGUCGCAAGGUGGCCGCUACUGAUGCUACUACACACACUCUAAUAGGUUUGGAGAUUAAACCUUUUCUCAUCUUGUGCUGUUAAUAUAGCCAAGCUUCCGUCAAUUAAGGCUUCAUUGUGACUUUAAAAAAAAAAUAAGUAUCUUCCCCACAUGCAAGGAACUAUUGGACAUUCUUAUUUUACAUGGGAAAAUUUAUUUGGAAUAAUAACAGGAACUUUUCCUGAUGUUGCAAUUUAUACUGUAUGGCUUCUUUUUCAUGUUUCAUCUAGGUUUUUAGAAGUGAAGUAUAGUAAAUAUGGUUCGUUAAAUUGUGAAGGCGCUGGAAUUACAUGAACAUACCACCUUAAAGGCAAGUUCUGUAACGUUAUGUUGCUAUUUGUGAAAUGAUGCCUUCACAGCACUUCAAGUGCUGUUGGACUUUGUGUCCCCAACAUAGUUUGGUGAGGGCUGUAACUGUUCCCAACUACUUGUACAUUUAAGUCUGAACAUGUAACAAUAUUUAAUGUAUUUAGAGUUCCUCCUGUUCCAGGGUUUAAGUAAACUGACCCACUAAGGUCGUGUGACUUUUCUGUACUGUUAUAAACUUCAUUGUAAUAAAAGAAGAGAAAAAUUUA